AUGUCGGAUGCAACCUGGUGCCUUCCUCCUAAAAGAGGCUCCGUCAUCGUGGUGCUGUGCACCGUUUUUGUGGGCGCCUCUUUUUGGGUGGCUUGGGGUGUUGCCAACUCAGCUCCCAUCAGACUUGUGAACGGCUCCAGCCGCUGCGCGGGGCGGCUGGAGGUGCUUUGGAAGCAGAAGUGGGGAACGGUGUGUGACGAUGGCUGGGAUCUCUCCGCCGCCGCAGUCGUAUGCCGGCAGUUGGACUGUGGGGAAGCGCUGUCGGCCCCAGGCUCAGCUCACUUCGGGCAAGGAACUGGUGCUAUCUGGCUGGAUGACGUGACGUGCACCGAAAUUAAAAAACCAGUUAAGCUCCGAUUAGUGAAUGGUUCAAGCCGCUGCGCUGGGAGACUGGAGGUGCUUUAUAGCCAACACUGGGGAACUGUCUGUGAUGACAGCUGGGAUAUAAAUGAUGCUCAAGUCGUGUGCCAGCAGCUAUGGGACUGCUCUAUCUGCUCCCUCCUCAGAUUGGCUGAGCUGUUUCCAGUCCGGCUGGUGAACGGCUGGAACGGCUGCUCUGGGAGAGUCGAGGUGCUCCACGAGCAGCAGUGGGGAAGCGUCUGCGACGACAGCUGGGAUCUGACAGAUGCUCAAGUGGUGUGCAGACAGCUGGGCUGUGGGACCGCGGUCUCAGCUCCCGGCUCUGCUCGCUUUGGACAAGGAAGCGGCCAAAUUUGGCUCGAUGAUGUGAAUUGCACAGGGACUGAGACCGUCCUGGCGCAGUGCGAGGCCAAGGCUUGGGGAGACCACAACUGCAACCACGGCGAGGAUGCUGCUGUGGUGUGCUCAG